AUGGAUAUUUACUCUAUACAAAAUGAAAAAUGUCAUGUGAAAUCUCUUGAUAAUAAUAACUCUGAUUCAAUAGAUGAAUUAUAAAAAAGAGAAAACUUAGCAUAACAUAGAUUAAAUAGUUAUGAAUAGUUAUAUUUUGUAGUAUAAGAGAAAACUAAAGGUCGUAUUAUCACAAGUACUAAAAUGGAUAGAAUUUAUUAAUAUUAUACGUUUCUUAAUCCUCCAUUAGGAUGCAGUAUAAUUAUUUAUCUAAAUAUUAUAGGUGUGUAUGGUGAAGUAAUAAAAGGGAUACACUAAUAAACAGGUAAAAUGUGGGCAAUGAAAAAAAUAAAAAAGUCAUAAACAUCAAAAGAAGAGCAGGAGAAAUUAAUGAAUGAAAUUCAAAUUCUUUAAAAAUUUGUAAUAUUAAAAUUUGUAACUUUUAGGACCAUUAUAAUAUUAUAAAAAUAUUCGAUUUCUUUUAGGAUGAUAAAUUUCUAUAUAUUUUUGCAGAACUUUGUGAUGGAGGAGAUUUAUUUGAAAAGAUUAGAUAGGAAGGAAGUUUAUCAGAGAAAAAAGCAGCAGAAAUUAUGAAACAAAUUCUAUCUGCUGUUAAUUAUUGUCACCAAUAAAAUAUAGUUCUUAGGUUAUUAUUUUAUAUUAUAGAAUUUAGAGAUAUUAAACCAGAGAAAAUACUAUAUUAAUCUGAAAAAGAAAAUUCAUUAUUAAAAUUUUUUGAUUUUGGAAAUUCUACAGAAUUUCAUGUUAAUCAAAAAUUGAAUUAAAAAAUAGGAACACCUUAUUAUAUUGCACCAGAAGUACUAAAUAAAAAUUAUGAUUAAAAAUGUGAUAUAUGGUCUUGUGGUGUAAUAUUAUAUAUACUCUUAUAUGGGUAAAUAAUAGUAUAAUAUAGAUUAGAUAUCCACCUUUUGAUGGUAAAAGUGAAGAUAAAAUAAUUGAGAGAGUUAAAAAGGGGACUUAUUCAUUUGAAUCAAAUGGUUUGGAAGAUAUUAGUAAAGAAGCAAAGGGUUGUAUUAUGAAACUAUUGUCAUAUGAUCCAACGAAGAGAUAUUGUGCUGAAUAAGCAUUAUAAGAUCCUUGGAUUUAGAAAUUCACAAAUAUUCCUGAGGUUGAAUAGUAAAUAAUUAAGAAGAUCUUGAUAAAUAUGAUAAAUUUUAAAGUAGAAUUUUAUAAUGAUUUUAGAAAUUAUAAAAAAUACAAGAAACAUGUUUUAAAGAUAUUUUUAAUCAAUUGGCAACAGAAAAAGAGAAAUAAGAAUUAUUAAUGGUAUUUUAAUAAUUGGAUACAAAUAAUGAUGGAAAAUUAAGUAGAUAAGAAUUAUUAAUGGGAUAUUAAAGGAUUAUGAAUGCUGAUUAAGCAGUAGAAGUAGUUGAUAAUAUAUUAUCAUAAAUUGAUAAAAAUAAUACAGGGAUGAUUAAUUAUACUGGUAUCUAAUUAGAUAAAUAAAUAAAUUUUAGAUUUCUUGAUUGCUAGUAUAGAUAAAUAAGUGCUUUUGUCAUAAUAAAGAUUACAUUCAACAUUUAAAAUAUUUGAUAUUGUAUUAUAUGUAAUAUAAAUUAAAUAGGAUAAAAAUGGUAGUAUUUGUUUGGAUGAAUUUUAAUCAAUAUUUAUGGGAAUAACAGAUGAAAUGUUAAAAUAAAUAAUUAAAGAAUUAGGUUAAAAUCAAGAUGGUCGCAUUUCAUUAAAAGAAUUUUUUUAAAUGAUUGAAAAGAUUGAAUGA